CCCAAAGAACUCAGAUUUGGAAUAUUGGGUUACAGUCUGGCAAAAUGGCGACUGUCAUUCAGAAUCCGCUGAAAGCGCUCGGGGACCAGUUCUACAGGGAGGCCAUUGAGCACUGUCGCAGCUACAAUGCCCGCUUGUGUGCAGAGCGUAGCGUCCGCAUGCCCUUCCUGGACUCUCAGACCGGCGUAGCGCAGAACAACUGUUACAUCUGGAUGGAGAAGCGGCACAGAGGGCCAGGGUUGGCAGCAGGUCAGAUGUACACCUACCCAGCGCGUUGUUGGAGGAAGAAGAGGCGACUUCAUACGCCACUUGACCCUCAGCUUCGUCUUUGUGAACUCAGACUUGAGGCUGAGCUGAUGGCCAAGAGAGAAGCCCCGCAGACAGAGGCCACGGCCCUUGAGGCUUUGCUACGAGGAGACGGGAUCUUGGACAAGAGGAACAAUAACGCUAAAGAGGAAGAGACACUUCUGGAAAUCCAGCGGGUGCUGGAAGCAGACGAAAAUGGGGACGGUUUUCAUGAUGAUGAGGAUUUUGAAGUGGACACACCAAAGAGGAAGCAUCGAAACAAAGGCAGGGGUCGAGGCUCUGGGCGCAGGCGAACAGAAGCAGUGGCCAACGAUGAUCAGGAUAAACCAUACGUGUGUGACAAUAGAUACAAACAAAAGCAUAACUCAAAAACCGCUGACUCAGUUUGUGGCAAGCGGUACAAAAACCGUCCUGGACUAAGCUACCAUUACGCCCACACUCAUCUUGCUGAAGAGGAAGGUGAGGAAGAACGGGAAACCGAAAUCCCCCAUUCUCCUCCUGUUCACCAUGAGAAUCAUAAACCACAGAAAGGGCCUGAUGGUUCGAUCAUCCCUAAUGACUACUGUGACUUCUGUCUGGGAGACUCAGGCUCUAAUAGGAAGACAGGCCAGGCUGAGGAGCUGGUUUCCUGUUCAGACUGCGGCCGCUCUGCUGAUCGCGUCGGUGGGACCAGGGCGAAGAGGAGGACGGCAGGAGUUCUGGACAUGUUCGGAGACACGUCAGAAAGCGAGGCGUCCACCUUUCACGGCUUUGAUGAGGAGGACCUGGACGGGCUUCUGUCUGACGACAGCACAGGCUCGCCUCAGUACAGAUAGGCAAAGGAGAAACCCGCAUCACACAAACUCUUGGCAUGUGUCUGCUGCCUAUUUUUAUUUUUUUUUUUCCUAUUUUUUUGUUCCCUGUUGUUUUGCAGCAGCAUGCAUAAUGGAUUCACAACUCCAGACACUUCAGGAAUUGCUUUCAAAGGACAAGUUGCAGCCUUUUAUAACUUAAGGAAUGUUGUUUUUAAUUGCUUCAAACUUCUGUAUACCGAGAGGUGCUAGUUAUGGGACAGAGGAGCCAUUUACUUCUGGACUGUUUGUUUUCCGUAAUGGAAAAUUGCAGGGACGCUACCAAUGUGUGGAUUACGCAUCGCCAUGUAAGAUACAAAUGCCUACUAUGUGGAAAAUAACUUUAGAAAUAGAAAUGAAAGUAUUUCAAACCUCAAGGAGGAGACAAUUCUCUACUUGUGUCUGUAGGUCGGAUAGCGAAGAAGGUUUUUUUUGUGUUGUUGUUCCUACCUCUGGAUAAAUAUAAUAUUUGCCAAGAAAGGGAUCACGAGAAAGCAGAGGCCAAGCCCUGACUGGAUCCAGUUUGCCGAGAGGUAAGAGCCAGUUGGCAUUUAAAUGUCCAUCUCUCCUCCUUUCUCAGGACAGCUACAGCAACAACAAAGAAAAUUGAAAUCAGUUUGCUGGAGGAUACAUGAUACUUGGCCUCUCCCUAGUGUUGUGUAAGAAAAUGGACUCAUAUUGUGGAGUAAUUUCCCUUUACUAUUCAGGAAACUCCUUAAACCCGCAGGUACAAGCAAGGGUACAAUUGUAGCAUACGUGCAAUGAUUCUAACGAAGGCUUUGUUUUCGCAAAUAAAAUCUGGACCACUCACCUCCGUUAAGAGAUCCAGCUCUGAGAAUGGACUGUGUACGUGUAACCGCAAAUAAUACACUGGACUGCAAGCACAUAAGCCUCCUACGUUCAAAAGGAAAAAUGCAGUAAAUGUGAAACAGAAUACAUGCAAUAAAAGGCACAAAACGCAUCAGUCACAGGGACAUCAUCACCCAGGUAAUAUGGGGAUAUUUCAUUGUAUCCAUUUUCUAUGAACAAAAUCAGCUAUAUUUGCUCUUUAAUAGGCUCUUCUAUUUAUUGUUAUGGUGAUCUUAUGUGUCACUUUUGAAUUGAAACAUGUUCCACAUUAAUGCUUUCAAUCCUGUCUCUAUUUCAGGGCUCUGUGUCUCUAUUUUUCUUUCUUUUUUUUUCUUUGGAAAACGAUAAUAUAAUUUAUUAAGAUAUUGUAUAAUGUAUAUAGGCCCACAAAUGGUUGAAGGCUAAACCAGUUGUUCUGUAACAUCUCCCGAUGCUCUUUCUCCCAGUGUUUCAAUGUCUGAAGUUGAAGAAAAUGUUUCGAUGUUUAACAUUUGAAGUUCCAUUCUUUCGACACUAAGCCAAAGGGCAACAUUGGUAGAGAUGAUGCUUGUAACUGCUUUUGUGUCAUGCAGACCUGUGGCACAAACCACACACAGACAGACACACUUCAUCCAACCUGCCAUCCAUGCUGUGGUCGCUGCUGAGUCCUGUUACUCCAAAUGUCAGCCUGCAAGUCUUUCACUGGAUUUUGUUACUGCGAAACAUUAAACAUUUUACAUUUUA